CAUUCUGUGAGAGAGUGGAGUGAAACACGUAAGGGAGUGUUGAGAGGUUCUUUUAUUUUCUGUUUCUAACAUUCCUUGUAGGUUUUAAUCAUGUUAAGCGGUGAUGACAGAAAACUCCAAGUGGAUGAUUCCUUCAUGCUCAAAGCUAUGCAACAACAAUUUCAGAGGCUAGACAUCAUGUUUGGUGAAAUUAAAGACAAAAUGGAGAAGAAGGAUGUAGCCAUUGCCAAGUUAUACCAAAUACAGAAUGGAAGUCCAAAUUUGCAUAAUCACGAUCUUGAUGACAAUGAUGAAGAUGCAUUCAACGAUGAUGCCCAGAACUCAAAUUUCAGCAUGGACAGAUUUAUGAGAGGUAGAGGGGGUCAAAGAUAUAGAUUUAACAAAGGAAACCAAAAUCUGGCAAGGUGGGGAGAUCGGCAAGAUCAUGACUUAGGCAGCAUCAAGAUGAAGAUUCCUCCAUUUCAAGGCAAAAAUGAUCCAGAUGUGUAUUUGGAGUGGGAAAAGAAGGUGGAAUAUGCCGUUGAUGGAGAAUUGCCUGUCACUAGGCGAGCUUUGAAUGUGCAAGCCAAAGAAGAUGAUGAAGUACAACGUGACAAUAUAUUUCACACGAGGUGCCAUGUCAAAAACAAGGUCGAAGAACUCAUGAAAAAGGGACAUGUGAGAGAAAGCAUGAGUCCAUGUGCAGUUCUAGUGCUACUUGUGCCUGAGAAGGAUGGGACUUGGCGUAUGUGCGUUGAUUGUUGCGCGAUCAACAAAAUCACUGUAAAGUAUCGUCACCCUAUUCCUAGAUUAGAUGACAUCAAGAAUUUAAUUGAACAUAUUGAGCAUGUGCGAAUGGUACUAGAGGUGUUGAGAACAGAAAACUUGUUUGCUAACCUUAAAAAGUGUUCCUUUUGCACAAAUCAGAUUGUUUUUUUAGGGUAUGUUGUUUCAGCUGAUGGAAUCGCAGUAGAUGAAGAAAAGGUUAAGGCUAUUAAAGAAUGGCCGACACCUAAAAAUAUUUCUGAGGUGCGGAGUUUUCAUGGUUUGGCGAGUUUCUACCGGAGAUUCAUCAAGGAUUUCAGCACAAUUGCAGCACCGUUGAUUGAGAUUGUGAAAAAAAGUGUUGGAUUUAAGUGGGAAAGUAUUGGCAUUGGUGUUGUUUUGAUGCAAGAGUGGCGACCUAUUGCAUUUUUCAGUGAAAAAUUGACUGGUGCAGCACUUAACUAUCCUACUUAUGACAAGGAGAUGUAUGCAUUGCACCUGAAGGGACAAGGUAAGUUGAAUAGACGACAUGCUAAAUGGGUGGAAUUCCUUGAGAUGUUUCCCUAUGUGAUCAAGUAUAAGCAAGGAAAGGAAAACAUAGUGGCUGAUGCAUUAUCUUGUAGGCAUGAAGGGUACUUGUUUAGAGAAAAUCGAUUAUGCGUGCCUAACUGUUCCUUAAGAGAAUUGUUAGUAAGGGAAUCUCAUGCGGGAGGCUUAAUGGGACAUUUUGGAGUUAGAAAAACUUUAGAUAUUCUGAAUGAUCACUUCUUUUGGCAACACAUGAAACGUGAUGUUGAAAGGAUCUAUGAAAGGUUAUCGAAGAUGGCACACUUCAUUCCAUGUCAUAAAACUGACGAUGCAACCAAUAUUACGGAUCUAUUCUUCAAGGACGUUGUUCGUUUACAUGGCAUUCCAAGGACUAUCGUUUCUGAUCGUGAUGUCAAGUUCUUGAGUUACUUUUGGAAGACAUUGUGGGGAAAGUUGGGAACUAAGCUACUGUUUUCGACUACUUGUCAUCCACAAACUGAUGGACACACAAAAGUGGUUAAUAGGACAUUGUCAACCUUAUUGCGUUCUAUUAUUCAGAAGAACUUGAAGAACUAGGAAGAGUGUUUGCCGCACGUUGAAUUUGCUUAUAAUCAGAGCGUCCAUUUGGCAACUAACUGUUCGCCAUUUGAAGUUGUGUAUGGUUUUAAUCCAUUCACUCCUUUAGAUUUAUUGCCUUUACCUAUUGACGAACAAGCUAGUUUGGAUGGGAAAAAUAAAGCUGAAGUGGUUAA